UAUAUAUUUCACGAAUAACUGAAGUCUUUUAAUAAAUACGCUUUGUGAAACGUAAGGAAAGUAAAAAAAACAUAAAAAAAAAAAAGGAAAGCAAAAAAGAAAAAAGAAUCAAGAGAAUCGAAGUAUAUACCGCGAAAAUUUCAAAUCUCAUUUGAAAGUUAACUUAACCUCCUCAGUUCCUUGGCCAUAUCAAAGAAAACAAUUUUAAAAUCUUUCGAAAAAUUUUCUUGAAACUAAAGAGAGUUCGUACGAUAACCUAUAAAAAUGUAGGGCGGAGAAAGGGUGGCGAGGGAGGAGGAUGGUGUAAGGAUGGGGAGAAGGAGGAGGAUUGUACGUUCCUUUGCGCACGAGGGUUGCAUAAAACGGGAAAGAAAAAUAGGAAGAGGGAAAGAAAGAGAGAGAGAGAGAGAGAGAGAGAGAGGAGAGAAAGAAGUUUUUAGAAAGACGCGGUCUCUCUCGGCCUUUCCACCACUUGUUCUCGAUGAGGGGUGACGAGCGGUAGGGGUGGUUUUUUGCGGUUAGCAAGUUGAGGUGCGGGGAGGAGCGUAGAUAGGAUAGAGUAGUGGAGGAUACAGAUGGGGCUGCACUUUUCUGCGGCGUUGAAAAUGGAAAGACGAGGGAUGCGCUAGUCGUCGCAAUAGCGAUGUCAGUGCGACUGAGAGGGAAACAGAAAAAUAGAAAGAAAGAAAGAAAGAAAGAAAGAAAGAGAGAAAGAAAGAUAGAAAGAAGGAAAGAAAGAAAGAAAGAAAAAAAGAAAAAAAAGAGAGAGAGAGAGAGGAAGGCAUAGUUCGGUAAUUCACCGUACGUAGCGUAGUGGGGAGUAACAAAGGUAUGUAGUGGGGGAAAGGUCGGACGUCGUUGGUGGGAGGCGGCGCAAGGAAGAAGGCACGGAUUCGCCCGACGAAACGGCGGACGCACACGGACGACACCGUACGACGAACGCGCGCAAUAAUAACCUCCGCGCGCGCCAUCCUUCGAAACGCUCGUAGUCGCGCGCCUCGCGCAGUCGGCAUCGCACUUGCCUCGAGCGGAGCGUGUGUCUUCUCUUUCGCGUCAUUUAGUUUGCCGGAACUAAGAAAACGCGACUGAGCACUUUUGUCAUAACCGUUAACAACGAACGACUAUACAUACUCGCGAGUUUUGUUUUUUUUUUGCACGAAAAUCUCAGCGAUCUAUAUUCCUCUCUCUUUUAUCUCUCUUUCUCUUUUCUUUCUUUCUCUUUCUGUCUAUUUCUCUUUCUCUUUUUUGCUCUUUUUCUCUUUUCUUUUCUUUUUUCUCUCUCUCUCUCUCUCUCUCUAUCUUUCUUUGUCACAUUCUCAUUCAUUCCAUCUAUCUCUCUUAGAAGCCGGCCGGUUGGCCGGCAAGCAGGCGCAUUCGGUGCUAACACGUGGUUCGCGCGCGCGCAUGCACGCGACCUUUCGUUUUCGCGAGUACACACGAUUUGCGCUAACGGUUUACCCUCUCUCUCUCUCUCUCUCUCUCUCUCUCUCUCUCUCUCUCUCUCUCUCUCUCUCUCUUUUUAUUAUAUUCUUUUUCUUUCUAUUUUCAUUGGUAGAAUAGAAUAAGUAACGAGUAGCAGUGAUUUAAGGCGUGUUAAAAAUCAAAAAGUUUGAGUCCUCCUCCUCCUCCUCCUUUUCCGAGUAAAUACUAAGAAGUUAAAAAGAAGAAAAGGGAAGAAUAUAAAAAAAGAAAAAAACAAAUAAUUAGAGAAACGUGUCGGAAUAGAUCUUAUAGAAUUAUACAAGCGUGGACGAAGACCUUUUACAAUUUUGUCUACGUCCUCGUCCUCGUCCUCGUCCUCGUCCUCGUCGUUGUCGUCGUCGUCGUCAUCGUCAUCGUCCUCAUUCUCGUCGGCUGAUUGGCUGGCAGGUGGGGGUGUCGUGACGUAGUAAGCAGGCAAAUAGAGAAACGAAGAGAAAGGAGUAAAAGGAGGAGGAGGAGGAAGAGAAGGAGGUGGUGGAGGAGGAGGAGGAGGAGGAGGAGGAAGUGGAGGAUGGAGGUUCGCGGCGCACCCGCGGAAGAAGCGGGCUCGGCGUCGCGCGGCAUCGGGACGCCUUCACCGGUUCCACCUCCGUCAUCGUCGUCGUCGUCGACGUCAGCCUCGGCGUCAACGUCGGCGUCAGCUUCAGCGUCAACUUCAGCAGCUUCAGCGUCGGUUUCCGUGACGGUGGCGCCCUUACCGGUUAUAGCCGCGUCCACGCCGCCAACGAAUUGUGCGGCGAUGCCCGUCGCCGCGACGCACGGCGUCGCGAGUCCGCCGCAGCAGACGCCGCCCGGCGUCAUCGCCGCGGCCAUCGCCACCGCCGCGGCGGUUCCUAAGAUCCUCAGCAGGAAUGUCAACGGGACUCUCGUACAAACGUCAGUGCCACAAAACGAAGCAGAAUUGCAGUUGUACCGGGUGAUGCAACGGGCCUCGUUACUCGGCUAUUAUGAUACUCUAUUGGAAAUGGGAGGGGACGACGUGCAGCAAUUGUGCGAUGCCGGUGAGGAAGAGUUUCUUGAAAUUAUGGCAUUGGUCGGCAUGGCCAGCAAGCCUCUUCAUGUACGAAGACUUCAGAAGGCCCUUCAGGAGUGGCUCACCAAUCCCUCGCUCUUUCAAACACCAGUCGUACCAACAAGUGGGACAUGUAAAAAUCCACCACCGGUCGUUGGUUUUCCUUGUGCCAGUCCUCGAGCACAAGUGCAAGUAUCACAAGUGCCACAAGUACCACAAGUCGCUGUUUUCUCGACGACAGCAUCGACGACGGUUACGACUACGUCUACGAUGCUUCCUUGUCGAAGCGUUAGUCCUAUCGUUUCGGUGACAAGCGUAGCUGCCUCGGCUGGUUCUACGACAUAUAGACAAACUCCAAGUCCUGGUUCCUCUGUAGUACCAGUUGCAGCGUCCUACGUGCCACCAACUUCUCACAGUCCCGGUGUACUUCAAGUUGGCACCUGCGAGUCCUCUUGUGGUAGUGGAACUACACCCAGUCCGAGUGGUACCGGUGCUCCUGCUAGUCCCACUCAACUCACCCCUACGCUUCUCCAUUCACAAAUACAACGGCUUGCCGAAGCUGCUGAAAGACUUGCUGCUACGAUCAGACCGGUCGAUCCUAAGCCUCAUAAUGUUAAAAAGAAAUUUUGUAAAAAUCUCGAACUGGUCAUGGCCAUGCCCGACAAUGAUCCCCGAAGAAUGGAAGAGAUCAGAAAGUAUGCCGCAAUUUACGGUAGGUUCGACUGUAAAAGAAAACCAGAGAAACCGCUGACGCUCCACGAGAUCUGUGUAAACGAGGCCGCUGCACAGAUAUGUAGGUUUGUCCCGGCUCUUCUGACCAGGAGGGAUGAACUAUUUCCAUUAGCACGUCGAGUUGUUCGGGAUUCUGGGUAUCAUUACGUGAAAAGUCAAUAUCUGUCAAUGUCCUCGUCAAGGCAACGAGAAAACGGCGAGGAGAACGAGCUCGAGCGAGGAAAACGAAGAAAGCUCGAACUCGAGGGUGAGGCCGAGGACGCGAUGCAGAAUUGGAUCUUCGAUGUUCCGUCACCGACAUUAAUAAUACUGGGAUUAGGAGACAUGGCUCGUCGAGAUAUUCGCAAUGUUCCAGUCCAGUUUGGAGGAAGAAGAAUAACAACGGAGUAUUCGGUAGUAACGUCGAGGAAAUCAGCGAUUCGGACAGUCAAUUUUCUUUUUCGAAUGAGGAAUCAUCGUCCAUGCAUUCCUUUCGUAUCGUUUUUCAGGAUACCAUCGACGCCGAAACGGAAAAUACGGACAAGGAAAAUGAUUUCAAUUUAAAAGUAAUAGCAUCUCGCGGUGAUAACAUAAUCGCCGUUGCAAAUCCUGCCUUGAUGGAAUGCGGUCAUCCAAUAAAGGAAGAACCUGCGGAGGAGAAGCCUACGCUGUGAUAUUACUAUAACUCCGCAAUGAUACUGAUCAAAGUAAAUCAUGUUUUUAUCAUGAUUACUUCUUCCUAUUGCUCUCCCGAUCACUCGAACGUCGUCGUCGUCGUCGUCGUCGUAGUUUUAUUCGGUAUAAUGAUUUUUGUGAUUGUCAUUGCCAUUAUAGUCGAUGAUAUUAUGUAUUAUAAUAUAACAGAUCUUGCAGAUUGCUUAAUGCAAAACAAUAUUUCUUCCAAUUAGUCAAAAUCGAAUAUUUACGAUUGAGUGACGUGCGAGACGAAGAAUGUCGCUUGUUAUCUAGUUCUAGUUUAAAUCCAUAUAGUUAAUACUCGCAUCGUAUUAUGGCAUUUUUAGAAAUUUAUAGACUGUGAACUAACGUAUCGGCGUACGUAUGAUAGAAAGAAAGAGAGAGAGAGAGAGAGAGAGAGAGAGAGAGAGAGAGAGAGAGAGAUAGAGUGAGAGAGAGAGAGAGAUAGAGUGAGAGAGAGAGAGAGAGAGAAAGAGAGAGAGAGAGAGAGAGAGAGAGAGAGAAUUGUAAAUACAAAAGACAUUGUCAUUUUAUUCGUAUUAGCGUCUAAUGUCAUUUAUUUCCUCUUCUAACGUGCUAUUUUGAAUUUCUUCAUCGAAGAUUCAAAUUUUAUUUCCCAAACGAAUUUGCAUUUCAAAUUUGUUGUUGUUUAUUGUAAUCGUAAAAAGUGAUGUGAUGAUGACUGAUAAAUAUAUAUAUAUGCAUCUAUGUAUAUAUGUAUAUAUAUAUAUAUAUAUAUAUAUAUAUAUAUAUAUCAAUUUACGAACCUUUUUUAUUUACUAUCUAUCUUACUCACCGAUAAAUCAAUGAAAUUCUCUGAAAUAUGUCUUCCUGUACAUAUUUCGUGGCUCGUCAAUGAUUUAUCUCCUCCGACGUAUUGAAAUUCAUCGAUGUAUCACUUUUUCCUUCUUCUUCUUUUUUUUUUUUUUUUUCUUAUUUAUAACUACACAAUGAUUAGUCAAUGAAACCUUUAGUCACAUUGACUAUACUGACACAUUGACUGUAUCAGUAAAUAUCAUAGGAAAAAAAUUUCCAUCGAGCGAUGAUUUUCUCGUAUAGACAUCGUCGAUCUGACAGACAUUGGAUAAAUUUUCAAAGAAACAAAUUGAUAAAUUCGAUGAUCUUUGAAAAAAUCAAUUGUAUGUGCGAGAUGAUCAAAGACGUCGAUCUAAUUUUGAUCAGACGCAUUGUGAACAAAUUGUGAUGUGUUUUUCAUGUAUCAGUUUUUUCCUUCUUUCUCUUUUUUUCAUUCUUUUUUUCUUUUUUCUUUUUUUUAAUUUAGAAAGUAAAUAAAAAUUGUGAAGUUGAUUCAACGAAACGAGGUGUGAAAUUUUUCAUAAUUAAAUCAAUCUUAUGUCGCGAUGAUUAAUAUCACGUUUCGAUAGACUCCGUCUCUGAUAUAUUAUUUAUUUAUUUAAUGGAUUUUAUCGCAGUAUACGCUUUUAAAUCACAUACUUCUUCUUCCAUAAAUUAAUCACAAGUAGUCGAUACCUAUAGUCUAUGGGUAUAAGUAGGUAAGUUACUUUUCCGCAAUAUUGACUCUAUAUACUAUUCCGAAUGACUAAAAGAGUUUGUAUAUCUACAAAUAUAUUAUAAUUUUAUAUUAAUAUGCACACACAUACACACACACACACACACAC